AAGUAUAUUUUACUGACCGCUUGUAAACAGAUUGAUCAAUAAUUUCUGUGUUUUAAUCGUACUAUAAUCAAAUAUAAGCCAAGAAAAUGUCUACAGAAUAUAUUGGAUGCAUGGUAUCUAUAGAAUGCGUUGAACAACUGGGAACAUAUCAAGGGAUAAUUGAUAGUAUUGAUCCGGUUCAUCAGGCUCUCACGAUAUCUCACGCGUUUCACAACGGUGUACAAUGCGAUAUGCCGAAAGUAACCAUUCUAGCUCCAGAUAUUGUAAAUCUAAGAUUACUGAAAAGCGCAAAAGAAGCUAAAGAAAUGCUUAAGAACACUGUUUUUAACUUUCAAAAACCUACAAAAUCCGAAAAAUAUAAUAGCGAUAAAGAACUCAAGGAGAAGAGAAAAGAACAAUUAAAAUCUCCAGCCAACUGUGUUCAAGGGAAAUCGCAUCAAUCCCCUUCGAAACGUUUGAGUCCUAUGUGCCAAGGACAGGGAAGAAAAGGCGGUAAUAAUAGAAAAGACUCCCAUAGGCGAACACCUUGGUCUGAAACAUUUAAUGAUAAUGUUAAAUCUUAUCACGAAGAAUUUGAUUUCGAGAAGAAUCAUAAAUUAUUUGAUAAGAAAGCAGAAUUUGAAAAAAUUGAGGGUAAAGAUAUAAUGAAAGAAACUCCUAAAAAAUCCUACAGAUGUGAUGAAAAUGUGAUAGCUUCGGCAGAUUCCGAGUUGAAACAGAUUCGAAUUGGUGAUUCUAGUAUCAAUUCUUCUUAUUUAACAGAUUCUGGAAUUGUUAUACCCGCAAUAAGUUUGGCUAAGAGGAUUGAUUUAUUUGAAAAGGCCGCCGAACUUGGGGUUACUGUUGAAAAACGUCUUGAAAUGUGUGGUAGAUCUGCAGCUGAAAUGGUAAUGAACUUAUUAGGAGGUGCGAAUCGACUAAAUCCCGCAAACGCUCAUCAAACUCCUUUUGUUGUUGUCCUGGCCGGACCGCAUCCUGAGGGGGCAUUGGCCAUUAAUUGCGCUAGACAGCUAUCCUGCCACGGUAUUAAAGUAACGCUUUUUGUUCCGAAAUCUGUUUCGGCCGGAUAUUGUUCAAUCCUCGAGAAUGAAAUUAGGAUAUACAUGUCAACCGGAUCAAAUUUUAUCAGGAGCGUUGCAGACCUACCGAAGGACACGGUUGAUAUGGUAAUUAGCGGCGUUGAUUCCCACCGUAGUACUGACGCGAAUCAACGACAUAGUUGGUGUAUUGAAGCAAAGAUUUGGGCAGAGAAAUUAAGGACACCUAUCAUAGCUUUGGAUCCACCGCAGGAACCUCACAAGCCAGCUUUGAAUCCCAAGUGCUCACUAAGUUUAGGACUUCCUCUAAAAUUGUCGGAAUUCAGUGGCAAAAUGUACCUAUCCGAUGUAGCUAUUCCCAAGCAAGUUUUCAGGCAGGUUGGGAUAUCGUAUCAAUCACCUUUCGGUCAUAAAUACGUCAUACCAAUCUACAAAAGGGAAUAA